CGCUAUAUCAUUACGUAGAAUUGAUGAUGCUACGCAAGCCUUCCACAUCACACUCAAGCUGCCUCCACGAGUCCCUUGUGGUCUUUUCACGCUGGGCCCGUAUCCGCUCGCCGUAGUAGUAGUAUUGGUGCUGCCUCGUUGUUCGCUCAUAAGAGUUCGCAGCCUCAAUACAGCACGCGUGGCCGUCUAAUCUUCUCGCAGUCCAACAUCGCAAUCACGACAGAGGCAACUCGCGCAAGGCAAAGAUGCUGCCGCCGUUUGCUCUGAGGACCACCCACCGUUCCCCAAAUGGCGGUCCAGCACACGGCACCCCAACACCCAAAACGAAGUCCACUCUUACACACCGACUCGCUCCACGUUUGCAGAAUGCAGAACUUCCCCAACGCCAAGAUGCCUACAAGAGCGCGGGAGGGCCGCAGCGAUAUAAGGCUACCGCUGCGUCUCCUGGGACGGCAUCGCUCUCCACCAGACUUGUUCAAGCAGUCCCGCCCGCAGCGCGAACCCAACAAGCAGUAAGAAAUUCAACACCAAAGGGCCCGCACAUAUACCGUCAUCGUCAACAUUUGAACGCCAAGGACCGCACUGCUGUGGAGAAUGGAGGCAAGACAUCCAUUUCCUUGGCCCAAGAGGAAGAGGAUCGCAUGCACGAUUCCUCGUCCGAGAUGGAUGAGACAGAAGAUACGGCUAGCAUGCCCAACACGCCAUCGACAAGCAGUCGUAUGGUCGAAGCGCGCGCGAUGAGAAAGAAGCUACACGACGAGCUCCUCAUGGACUUAGCGCGACCACUUGAAGAUUUGAAUGAGUUAGGAGCCGUCCCUGAAGCGGACAACAUUUACGGCGAAAUGAAAACGGUGACGCGACAAAUGGCGCAGCUCUCUAUCGAUUUAAUGACCAACGCGGACAGCAUUUCGAGCUGCGCGAAAGCCGCGUCGAACGAAGUUGGACAGAUGGCUGCAAACUUCAAGUCAGGUGCAGGAAGUCGUCUUGACUCCCUCAAUUCGAAACUUGAGGAAUUGGCAGGAUUGUACGAAGCGCGUCGCAAGCGGCGUGAGGUUUGGCACAACGAGACGCGAAAGCUGAUCGAGGAGCACAAGGCUCGCGUUGCCAAGCUCAAGCGCAAAUUUGCAGAUGAGCAAAAGCUGUGUCUCGAUCAGCUCGAUAACAGCCCUCAAGACCACCAGGCUCAACAAAACCUGCGCCAGGCAAUCGCAGUCAUGCUUCAAGCCAUGUGAAGCCACCUUGAUCUUUUGCGAAGGACGGUCAGAGAAUCGAGAUUGGGAACGCGUCCCAGCCACUGCACAAUGACAGACGAAGAAUUGCGCAGCAGCUAAAGCAACAAGAAGUAUAGCGUAAAUUCAUCGAAAUUCAA